GUUGAAUUCCUCUUAUUAGCAGAAGGGGGCAGUACUGUGUAUCUUUAGUCAUGCUCCGUGAAAUAAUAAAGAAGAAGAAGCAUGCACGAGAAAGUUAUAAAUGGACCAAAGAAUGUUAUAUUCAUUGGAAAUACAACAAAUAUUGCCGAUUUCCAAUUGAUGGCUUGGCGUCCUGACUGCAUCGAUAUGAAGCCUUCUGAGAAUUUUCUUGGAGUUUCGAGGUCUGAGUCGACUAAGGAGGGUAUUGAAACUUUGGUGCUGAGCAAAAUGGAGGGAUCAGCUAUGCUCUUUUGCCAACGACUGAAAUAUAGAGUAAAAACUAUUCAGGUGCCAGAUGGAAGUCCUUCAGAUAUUAAAACAGAAGUCAAACCAUCCAUCUCCCACUUUUCAAAUGGCAAAAAGACUUCAAUUAAAAAAUUCAGCUGUAAGCUGUGUGGCAUGGAGUAUCGCCAGAGCAUAAGCCUUGUGCGUCACAUGCGAAUACACACAGGAGAGGCGCCGUACACCUGUGAACUCUGUGGGAGGGGAUUCAGACGUAAAGACUGGCUUGAUCUGCACAGCAGCGUCCACACAGGUAACAAACGAAAGAGCGUGAAGCGCUUCAGUUGCGAUCAGUGUGGGAAGAAGUUUACUGGCUCCACCGCACUCCAAAGUCAUUUGUAUAAACACAAAGGCGAGAGGCCGUUCGCCUGCGCGUACUGCGACAAGACGUUCUACAGUCAGACCAAUCUUAAACGCCACCAGGUCGAUUCUCAUUCGGACAGCAAACAGUUCUGUUGCCCCGUGUGUGGAAUCGGAUUCUCGCGGCUUUUUUCACUGCAGAAACACACACGGAUUCACACGAGAGAGAGGCCUUUCUCCUGUCCAGACUGUGGAAAGACUUUCGGUCAUAAAAAUUCCAUGAAUAUACAUCGUAAACGUUGCAAAAGUUGACAUAAUGCACAUUCAUGUAUGUCACAUGAAUUUAUGAUUUAUUAUUUGUUUUAAGCCACAUCACUUUUUUAUUAUUCAUUGUGAAUCUUAUUAUACCUGUUCAUUGCCAAUAAAGGGGUUGACUUCA